AUGUCCCACAAGUCCCCAUCUGGCCACCAGAGCAACCAGGCAGAUGUCCUUACAGAAGAUCCCGAAAGUGACACCCAAGAUGAGACUUCAGACCCUUUGCCCAACACCUCCAGGCUAAGUGCCCAGGACCCUCCACCCAUUCUCCACCCUAGCCCAGUCAGCGUCCAAGAACCGCCAUCCGUGACCCACUCCCGCCGGGUCAGCAUCCAAGAACCGCCACCCGUGACCCACUCUCGCCGGGUCAGCACCCAAGAGCCGCCACCCUUGACCCACUCUCGCCGGGUCAGCAUCCAAGAACCGCCGCCCAUUCUCCACACGCGCCGGGUCAGCAUCCAGGAACACCCGCCCACUGUCCACACUCGCCGGGUCAGCAUCCAAGAACCGCCACCCAUUCUCCACACGCGCCGGGUCAGCAUCCAGGAACACCCACCCACUGUCCACACGCGCCGGGUCAGCAUCCAGGAACACCCGCCUGUUAUCCAAGAGACACUGCCCGUCAUCCACACUCGCCGGGUCAGCAUCCAAGAACCUUCACCCAUCCUGCGCACCCGCCGGGCCAGCGUCCAAGAGCCUUCGUCCAUCUUGCGCACCCGCCGGGCCAGCGUCCAAGAACCUUCGUCCAUCUUGCGCACUCGCCGGGCCAGCGUCCAAGAGCCAUCGCCCAUUGACGAGAGUCUCUGGGGCAGUAUCCGAGAGGCACCAUCCCUUGGUAACAUUAGCCAAAGGAGUAUCCAGGAGACACCAUCCACGGUUAACAUUAGCCAAAUGAGUAUCCAAGAGACACCAUCCGUGAGCAGCGUUCACCAAGCCGGCCCCCAAGACACAGCGCCAGUGACCCCUCUCAACACCCUGACCGUUCCGCCAAGUGGCCAAACGAGUUUCCAAAUUCGUAGAUUCAGUAUCCCCAGGCCUUCGCCGGUGCCCCACAUCCCCCUGGCCUGUAUAGAAUCAGUUGCCUACACCAGUCAAACCAGUUUGGAAGACACCUUGACAAGCACCCAGAGUCAAAGUUUAAGGGUUCCAGGCAUCAAGUUCCCAAACCGGGCCAGUGUGGACGUCCCCCCUUCAAUUACCGAGAGCCCCGAGGCCAGCAUGGAAAGCAUGGAACAAAUUCUCUGGACCUCCCAGGAGGACUUCAAAGAAUCUUUGUACAACCUCCAAUUAAGCAAAAAUACUCCAGAUAGCGAUGUCCAAAGCACCCCGCUACACAGCUCCACGGACACCAGCUCUUCCAGGUUUCAUUUCCUACAUGAACUACGUGAAUUUCUGGUUCAUCCUGGCACCCCAGGCCAUCUGGACUUAGGACAUGGGAAUGGCCCUCCUUCCUUCCUGCUCCCACAGCUCCCUGCCACGGGGCUGACGACCCUGCUCUCUGGCCCUCACACCCGCCAGGACUCUUGUCCCUUUUCAGUUCCUUCUGAGUCUCCCCCACUCAAAUUACUAAUCGGCAUUUUUAAAUCUGUACUUUGGCCCAGAAUAUGCUUUUGGCUUAGUACCUUGUCAGUGUUCUGUGGAACUGUCAUCCCUCCUGAGGUCGUCCCUUGGGCCCUGUGGGGUAGAAGGAUGGGACUUAAGGGUAGAAGUGAGGGGAGGGAAUCAUGACAAAGAGACUUGAGGCACAAGGCCAGCCAAGAAUUAGGCCAACAAGGAUAUUUUUUCCAUUGCUUUUCAGAGAGAGAAAGUGGAAGGGAGAUGGAGGAGAGAGAGAGAGAGAGAGAGACUUGUUGUUCCACUUAUUUAUGCAUUCAUUGCUUGCUGCUUGUAUGUGCCCUGACCAGGAAUUGAACCUGCAACCUUUCGGUGUACAGGACAAUGCUCCAAUCAACUGAGCUACCCGGCCAGGGGUCAAAUUUGUUUUUUUGUUUUGUUUUUGGUUUGUUUUUUUUAAACGCAGGCUGAUUUGUAACUAUGUGCCAGACACCGGAUCUAUAGCGGUGAUCAAAUUGGACACAAAUCCUUGUCUUUACGGAACUGACAUUUCAUCUGGGAGGCAAAAUAAUAGGACCACAAACAAAGAGUUGGGUGUGUUGGGGGAUCCGUGCUAUGAAGAGAAACAAAGGAGUGUAAGGGAGACCGGUCUGUUCUGUAAAGAGAAGGGGGGCUGGGGGGGCCUCUCUGCUAAGGUGACCCCUGAGCGGAAUCAUGGCUCAAGAGAGGAAGAGAGCAAA